ACGUUUAUCCCUUUCUAUCCACCUUGCUGCGUUUCUCUUCUUAACACGCGUUAGUGAUGUCGACGACGGUCAUGGACUCUCGUUCUUCAUCGCCAGCAACGCCUGAAUCUUCUGACGGUACUCAUCCUGUUGUACUACACCAUGACCAUGACCUACUAUCAGCUUGGUAUCACUCAAUUCGUCCAAGGAAGACCAUAUCCGAAAUUGGUGUUUGGGACAAUGAGUCUUUGCACAGUGUCACGAACAAACCUGACAACGAGAACAUGCUUCAACUUGAUGACCUAAUAGAUGAGCAUGCCUAUGAAGACUCGGCCUGCUCCGCGGCUGAAUCUUCCCCUGUUCUACCUCAAGUUACUCCAGAUUGUCUGAAACCGGAAGCAAUCCACCCAACAGGCGACAGCAUUGGAUCUGCUGCGCAAACUCCUUUACUUGUUCCCUCCCAUACCCAGAUGCACUGCUCACCUGUAAUCCCUCCCCCUGCUGCGCGCCCCCGCAAAAGGGAUCCUUCUACUGCUCCGCAUCGUGUAGUGUUCCCUCCACGGGAAUCUUGCUUCAACCUUCCUAUCCUGACUCCCAAUAUCCCUGAAUAUGGCACAAAGUCUCGUGUUGAGACUCAAGUGCGCGUCAUUGUGGACUUGGCACAUGCCAGCUCAUCAUCGGGAGAACCGUAUCUUUACGAUAGGGUAGGUUCGUGGAAAUGGCUCAAACUUCCACCAGGCACUUUCACUAAGAAGCGCACGCGUCGGGAAGGGAAAAUAGACCCUUCUCCCUUGGAUAUGCUGCACCUAACUGCGACUGUGACCUGUGCUACAUUACCACACAAUCGCGUCCUAAGCUGCGGAAGCUGUAGAAACCGAGAGGCAAAGCGUGUGGCCAGGAAAAUCGCCGCUCGUGUCAGACCCAAUCGGUCUGGCUCAGAUACCCCAGAGGAUGGCAAUGACCGACCAAGAGGCACUAAGGAAGACACGACUAGCAUCAUUCAGUUCAACUGUCCUGAAGUCCUUGACUUCUCCACGGGGUCUGUCGUACUUCCUGUUCGUGUCACAUGCUACUGCCGACAUCACCGUGAAAAGGUCGGGUUUCAUGUGCAUUUUACGAUGAUGGAUCACACCGGACGUACUGUCGGAUCGGGAACGACGCCUCCGAUUAUGAUUACGGAUGACCACAAGUCGACAACAAAGUCAAAUUCCGUGUUCAACCCUCUUACUGAAGCCGAAGUUGACUGGUCCCAGCUUGCACAAAGCGUGGAACUUGCGGAAAAGCGCGCGCCAUCGAAGCGCAAGGCAGCGAACGUGAAAGGUCAGCCAAAGAAGCGAGCCAAACCAUACGAUGCUACUAGCAGGAAUAACUCGGUGAAAUUCGUGAGAGAGGCCAGCAUUUCGGCCUCUCAGCCUUCAACAGUGCCUAGUUCCCGGUCUCCUACGCCCGCUCGCCUUCCGGUUCCCAUGCCGUCUUGUUCGUUAUCUCAGAUUGAGAAUGGCACCGUUCCUUCCGCAGCUGUGCCAUUUGGUGUUAAUGGGCCUCAAAACCCAGAAGACGCACAAGCUACGUCAUUCGUUUUAAAUCCAGUCAUUUCGCCAGUAUCAAGCUCUAUCUCAUCGCCUAUCAUUUCUCCCGUAUCACCACCCAUCCCACAACUCAUUGCGCAACCGACACCAUUCCUUUUCUUCAACCCUGGAUCGCCGCCGCCCAUUGUUUCACUUACUCUGCCUAAAAUUCACCGUCUUAUACCCGCGUGUGGUCCUACACAUGGCGGUAUUGAAGUGACUGUCCUUGGCGAGAAUUUCCACCCUGUCCUUCAACUGAACUGCGUCUUUGGAGAUGUCCGCGCGAGCUCUACCCAACGUUGGAGCGACAACACCUUAGUUUGCGUCCUUCCCCCACAAUCCUCUCCGGGUGUUGUCGCCGUUUGGUUCGCGGGAUUCGAGAAGACAAACGACCCCUCGGUUCCUUCGCUCUUCACAUACACUGAUGAGUCAGACAGGGCCCUAAUGGAGCUCGCUCUACAGGUCGUCGGACUCAAGAUGACAGGCAAGAUCGAAGACGCAAAGAACGUGGCCCUUCGUAUCGUCGGAAAUGCAGGAAGCGAAGACCCUCCACGAUCCUCAGACGCCAACGACAUGAUGCAAGUCGUCGCUUCGUCAUCUUUGCGAGAAAUACGACCACUGCUCUUUGUACACUCAGACGAAGGAGAAAACUUUGAAAGCACCAUCGUCAAGUUCCUUUCCAUGAUUGACGUGUCUGUCGACAACCAAUCGACUAUCGCCGUGAGCGCUGCCGUUUCGCAUGCCACGUCUAAUGGGCAGACGCUUUUGCACCUUGCAUCGUUCUUGGGCUUUGCGGAGCUUACGAAAUUCCUGAUUGCGCAUGAUAUCGACUUGGACGCGCGCGAUAGGAAUGGUUAUACGGCUCUUCAUUUUGCUGUGCUGUCGCUAUCCAAACCUUGUUUGCAGUUGCUGGUAGCGGCUGGAGCAGACUUGGAGAUCGUGAACGGUCUUGGAAAGACUCCAGAGGAUAUUGCACCCGAGGGCUUCUUUGAUGAUAUCCCCCGACAACGCUCUGUCAGCGUCGAAACUGAAGGCCAAGAUGAUGAUGGUGAAAGUCACUGGGGUGACGUAGAGAGUGACGAGGGUGAAAUUGUCAUCGUCAAACGCCGACCGACACGGACUUUCCGUCGACGCACGCAAGAUACCACGGAAGAAAUACACCCGGAAUCUCAUACGGAACAAAUCCCAGAACUGCCCAGCAAAGAUACAGAUACCAAGAUGCCUCCUAAUGCAACGGAUGAGAAACAGACGGCGUCUUUCGUCGACAUGAUCCAGCGAACGCUUGCGCAGCUCCAGCCUCAAGGCAUCAUGCCCAAUAUACCCCAGCUUCCUCUUCCACACCUACCCGAGAUGCCAGCUGUCCUCUGGGGCGCCCUCCCGCAGAUCCCGAUGGUAUUCCCUAUCUUCGUCCCGAUAACAGGGUGGCCGUUCCUCGGCGACAAGCGGGAGCAGCAGCAGGAUGAUGGUGAAGGAAGGGAUGCUGCUCAUCCAGCUACACGAGCCGCACAGGAGCUGAAGGCGACUUGGGAGAAAUGGAUGGCCCUUGCUAUUGCUACCGCAACGCUUCGUCCGGCACCUGUUGAGGAAGCGCCUCCGAUGUAUACGCCACGAGUAACGCCUGACGAACAACCGGAGGAACCUGUGGCUAGUACGUCGCGUGUUGAGGAACCUUCCGCUUUGGACGCGGAGGCACCUGCACGUCUUGCAGGACCGAGCAGGCGCGUUGGUUAUGCUUCUGCCAGUGUGCCAGCUCAAGAAGUGGAGGCGUAUGGCUAUAGGCCUGUGAAGGAUGCGCAGAAAGCGCAGCAUGGGCGCGACCGGAUGCUCGUCCUGUUUUGGCUUCCUAUUUUACUCAUCUCUCUCCUGUGGGCUCUCCACCACGGCGUUCGUUUUGUUCUUCAUGCUCUCAAGACCACGCUUUCUCUCAAGACUGGAAUCCGUGCAUGAAUAUCCUAGAGUUGACAUAUGCGCACCCUCUUACGUAGUUGAAAAAUUGCAUCUGACAUGAUUGUUAUCGUCGAGGAGCACUUUUGUACACUAUCCAACCCGGCAUGACUACUUGAUGUAGGAUUGCUGUUCAAUGGCGUAUGUAUGCUUAUCGAGUAUAGUAAU